AUGUCUACCGAAGCUCAAACCAUGUCCGAUCAAUCCCAAGCAUUCGCCAUGAAACUCAUCAAUACACUCAACAAUGGCGCGCUAUGUCUGAUGAUAUCCAUUGGCCAUCGCACCGGACUCUUUGAUGCGCUUGCAACGUUCUAUCCAGAAUACGCCUCUUCCGAAACACUCGCCCAAAAAGCCAAUCUCAACGAACGCUACGUCAGAGAAUGGUUAGGUGGCAUGGUAGUCGGGAGAAUUAUCGAAUACGACAGUGAAUCCAAAACUUACAGAUUUCCUCAAGAAGGUGCCUCGAUAUUGACCAGAACUGCCGGAAGUAAGAACUUGUCUAUCUUGGCCGAAUGGGUUCCGAGACUUGGAUGCUAUGAAGACGGUGUUUUGGAAUGCUUUAAAAAUGGUGGCGGAUUGCAUAAUGAAACUUUCUAUCGAAUCCAUGAAGUAAUUGCCGAGAGAACUGGAUUGCUUGCUCCUGAAUUGCAUUCUACCAUUCUUCCUCGUAUUUCCGGAUUACUUGAUUCGCUUGAGAAGGGAUGUAAAUUACUCGAUAUUGGCUGUGGACGCGGCUCUGUUAUUCUUGAUUUUGCAAAACGGUUUCCGAAUAGCAUGUUCUAUGGCUAUGAUAUCUUGCCUAAAUUGGUAGCCGAUGCCAAUGCCGAUGUAGCGUCUUCUGGUCUUACGAAUGUUUCUUUCCGCGUGCAAGAUGUUUCAAAGAUGGAAGAAGUCGGUGAAUAUGAUGCUAUUAUUUGUAUGGAAAGUCUUCACGUUCAGGUUGACCCGAUAAAUGCGUUAAAGUGUGUCCAUCGCGCUCUAAAAGAUGAUGGCGUGUUUGCAAUGUCGCAAAUCAAUGUAUCAAGUGAGCUUGAGAACAAUAAGGCUAAUGCCGUUGGUUCUGCAAUAUAUUGUAUAAGCACUAUACAUGCUAUGAGCGUCUCUUUGGCCGAAGGUGGAAUGGGUCUGGGAUCUGCUUGGGGAAACGAAAGCACCUUGAAAACAUUAAAGGAUGUUGGUUUCAGUAAUACCGAUAUUGUUCAGUUGUCCAAAGAAUCGCUGAAUUAUUGGUUUGUCAAUAGAAAGUAA